AUGUCCAGAUUACCGAGCAUUGAUCCAGAUACUCGGACUAUCAUUCUUUGUGGUUUUCCAAAUGUUGGAAAGUCAAGCUUCAUAAACAAAAUAACUCGAGCUGAUGUCGAUGUUCAACCAUUUCCAUUUACAACUAAAUCUUUAUUUGUUGGACAUACAGAUUAUAAAAAUUUACGAUGGCAAGUAAUUGAUACACCGGGUGUAUUAAAUAGACCUUUAGAUGAACAUAACACCAUUGAAAUGCUCUCGAUUACAGCAUUAGCACAUUUACAAGCUGCUGUUGUGUAUAUUAUGGAUUUAUCGGAACAAUGUGGUUAUACUAUACAACAACAAUUGAAAUUAUUUCAAAACUUGAGACCACUUUUUCGUAAUAAACCUCUUGUAAUAGCUGCUAAUAAGAUUGAUAUUAAACCAUUCGAAGCAUUGACCGAAGAAGAUAAACAAUCAAUUAAUCAUUUAGUUCAAUGGCAUAAUGAUGACACUGAACAACUCAACGACCCAGAUCGACCAGUGUUUGUAGAAAUGUCCACUGUAACAGAAAUUGGCUUAGUGACUGUUCGUUCAAUUGCAUGUGAUCGUUUAUUGGCUCAACGUGUACAAGCAAAAAUUCGUGCUGCAAAUCUACCAGGCAGUAAAGCGGAUAUCUCAAGUCGAUUAUAUAUAGCUAAACCGAAAUCCGAUGAAAAUGAGACUGCAGUACCAUUUCGUCCACCGAAAAUUCCCGACGGUAUUUUGGAAAAACAAAGGAAACGUAUGUUAAAACGUUUGCGUAUUGCUGAUUCACUACCAACCAACAAACACAUUCAAGUUGACGAUGAUGAUGAAGACGAUGAUCCAUCGAAACGUUGUCGUACAAUGCGUGAUCGUGAAUUAGAAGCUGAUCCUGAUGAAGGUUUCAUAUUAAAUCUAAGAGAGCAUUGGUCUAUUAAACAUCCUGAAGAGGCGAAUGAUAUCAUCCCGGAAAUUUUCAAUGGACAUAAUUUGAUUGAUCUAUUCGAUCCGGAAAUCGAAGAGAAGCUGAAUGCUUUGGAAGAACAAGAAGCAGCUCUUGAAAAUGCUGGAUUUUAUGAUGAAUCUGAAUUGUUAAAGCAGGAGAAUGAUCCAGAAAUGAAAAAAAUCAAAGUAACCGCAGCGAAAAUAAGAGAAGCACGAGCAUUGCGUGUUUUGGAAUCAAGAGCUCGUAAACAAGUACGUAGACCACAAGUACCUCGUAGUGCUCGUUCAGUCAGUGUGCAUAAAAUUCAUCAAGAUCUUGGUGAACUUGGCUUAGAAGUGGAUAUGCAUGAACAGGGUGAACGUGGUCGAUCACUCAAACGAGCUGUUAGAUCAAGAAAUUCCACACCAAACCCACACCGGGAAGCUUCCAUUGCACGUGCAUCUGUAUCACGAUCUAGAUCUGGUUUACGUGAUGACAAAAUGUUGGAUACUGUAAAACGCAUGUCUAAAAUUGCUCAACGUAAAGUAGUCACAUUAGCACGUAAAGGUGAAGGAGAUCGUCAUAUUCCAACAUUGAAACCGAAACAUUUAUUUUCAGGCAAACGAGGCACUGGAAAAACCGAUCGUCGUUAA